GUCGCAUGAUGUGUAAGGCACUUGCAUAUCAACAUCCAGCUACGGGAAAGUCGCCGAAAACACUACUGCCACAAUUCAAACUUUCCUUCGCCUCAUUAACCUUAAUCGCUCAAGGUUUUCCUUCGACAUAACAAUCCCAAUCAAAACAUUGAUCCUUCUAUCCCCUCGCAGAAACUCAAAUCGGACCAAUAUUAAAUCCCUCAAGCAAGCUUGAUCUCCAUGAUUUCCAACAGCUACAUGGACUGGCUGACAUAAGGAGGGGUCCAUUCAAGUCCAGAUCCACAGCAGCUCCGAUUCCCCUCCGUCAUUUGAGCCUUAUCGCCUGAAUUGGUGGGGUCAAUUCUGCGGCGGCAAUUGGAAUUUCUCAUCAGUUCUCCAUUCCGAGUCAGGAUACCCUUCGAACCAGCAUUUCCUCCCAACUGCUGAAACAAAUGUCAUGAGAAACGCAAUUGCUAUGCUAUCUCCCUAAAUGGGAAGUCAAUAACACCAAUGAGCUUUGCAUACAUCUCACGAUAUGCCAGAUUCAUUUCCUCCUACUGGCUGCUCCAUCCAUUAAUGUCGCCGGCCGGCUUCAGCUUCAGCCUUGUCCUCUGCUAAUCUGGUUGGUUCGAUGGAUGAAUCGGAAACACAAACAUGACCUGCUAUUUGAUCCGCCGCCGUGCCCUGUCUGCCCCCCACCCAGCCGUUUCUGAUUCAGACUCUUUGUAAUCAGCCAGCGUCGGCUAUGAUGAAAUGUCAACCCAACAUCAUGAAGUGCCUCUCUUAUCAAGGUCCAGAAGAGGAAGAGACUGGACAAAUUGUAGUCGGCAUCAAGUGCAUCACCGAGAACAUGAAAUGAAAUGGCACUUCAAUGUCCUCAGAUUGACAGAAUUCCAUGAUCUUUUCGUCCGAACUCGAAUUCCCAGAAAAGUAAUUCCAGUCAGUACAUCUCCGCUUCCGCUCAGACGCCGACACAAUACCGAAGCGUCUGCUCUCCGCGGUGAUACUGUACGCCUUUCGUCUUGGACCUGAAUUAGGCCCGGUCUCCUGCCCGCGUUAGAGCUACAGCACAGCUACGGCUACUGAAGGAUUCAGUUCUGCCCACUCCUUACUUCGUUAGCAAGCAUCAGCCAGUUGGUCCUGUCGCUGCCCCUCCAUCCCGAUUCAUCCAGGGCCCACAUCCACCUGGGCAGCACCCCUCCCAGCGACUAAGGUUACUCCUACCACUCGAUCCUCGCCAACCAAAGCCCCGAGAAGCCCAGUCCCAAUCCCAAUCCCAGGCCCAGGCCCAGUCCCAACCCGCCUUCCUAGCCAGCCAAACCCAACCCAUCUCCGUCUUAACUUCCGUCACCUGCUAGUUCUUUUCUUCCUCUUUCAACAACAAAAUACCUCUCUCUCCUCUCUCCUCUCAACAUCACUCUCUCCGUCUGGCCAGCUCCAACGGAAUAUCUGGACUUUCUUCCCAUCGACCCUCUUCACAUAAUUGAAUCUGCCCCUCCCUCAAGAUGAGCGGACCAACUGCGCGCCUUGCCAGCAUCAAUAUUGGCGGGUCCGCGCGCGGAUUCCCGGAUCACUCAACAUCAACAGCUGCAUCUACAUCUGCUUCUGUUUCGUCUGCACCUGUACAUACUGACAAUGAGCCCAGAGGAGAUUUCGGCCUCAUCGGCCUGGCUGUCAUGGGCCAGAAUUUGAUCUUGAACGCUGCUGAUCACGGCUUCAACGUCGUCGCUUUCAACCGUACCGUCUCCAAGGUUGAUGCUUUCCUUGCCAACGAGGCCAAGGGCAAGUCUAUCCAAGGUGCACACUCGAUCGAAGAUUUCGUUAGCAAGCUCAAGAAACCCCGCCGUAUGAUGCUCUUGGUCAUGGCCGGUAAGCCAGUCGACGACUUCAUCGAGACCCUCCUACCACACUGCGAGAAAGGCGAUAUCAUCAUUGAUGGUGGUAACUCCCAUUUCCCCGAUACCAACCGCCGCACAAAAUACUUGGCUUCCAAGGGUAUCCGAUUCGUCGGUACUGGUGUCUCCGGUGGUGAGGAGGGUGCCAGAUACGGACCUUCUUUGAUGCCCGGUGGAAAUGAGGAGGCUUGGCCAUACAUUAAGGAUGUUUUCCAAAGUAUCGCUGCCAAGAGUGAUGGUGAUCACGGUGACCCAUGCUGUGAGUGGGUUGGCGAUGAGGGUGCUGGUCACUACGUCAAGAUGGUGCACAACGGUAUUGAGUACGGUGACAUGCAAUUGAUUUGCGAGGCCUACGAUAUCAUGAAGCGUGGUCUUGGUAUGCCAAACAAGGAGAUUGGUGACGUUUUCACCAAGUGGAAUAAGGGUGUUUUGGACAGUUUCUUGAUCGAAAUUACCCGCGAUAUUAUGUACUUUAACGAUGAUGAUGGAACUCCUCUUCUCGAGAAGAUCUUGGAUUCUGCUGGACAAAAGGGUACCGGAAAGUGGACUGCCAUCAACGCUCUUGAUCUCGGCAUGCCAGUUACCUUGAUCGCUGAGGCAGUUCUUGCCCGUUGUCUUUCCUCCGUCAAGGACCAACGUACCAAGGCUUCUGAAGUUCUUCAAUUCGUUGGCAGACAAAGCAAGUUCGAGGGUAACAAGGAGCAAUUCCUUGAUGACCUCGAGCAAGCUCUGUACGCUUCCAAGAUUAUCUCAUACUCCCAGGGCUUCAUGUUGAUGCAAGAGGCUGCCAGAGAAUACAAGUGGAAGCUCAACAAGCCAUCCAUUGCUCUCAUGUGGCGCGGAGGAUGCAUCAUUCGAUCCGUUUUCCUCAAGGAUAUCACUGCCGCUUACAACGCCGAUGACAACCUUGAGAACCUUCUCUUCAACGACUUCUUCAACAAGGCCAUCCACAAGGCCCAACCCGGCUGGAGAGACGUCGUCGCCAAGGCCGCACUCCUUGGUAUCCCAACCCCAGCUUUCUCUACUGCCCUCUCAUGGUUCGACGGUUACCGCACCAAGGACCUCCCUGCCAACCUCCUCCAGGCCCAGCGUGAUUACUUCGGUGCCCACACCUUCAAGAUCAAGCCAGAGUUUGCCAAUGCCAAGUACAAGGUUGGAGAGAACAUUCACGUUAACUGGACUGGUCGUGGUGGUAAUGUCUCUGCUUCCACUUACCAGGCAUAAAUUUCUGGUAGGGUUGUGGGGAGGAUGAUUUUGGUUGGAAUGGAUGACUGCAAAGCCUGUAUUUAGAGUUCGCAUAGGCAAUGAGAAAUUCGUUGUUUACUACAUAUCUUACAAAUGUGGU